AUUCUUCUUAUCAAACCUGAUACUGAAGCAGAGCGAGGGAAGAUCAGAGCUGAGCUCAGAGUGUAUGAGGAGAGACGUGGAGAUGCAUGGACGUCUGAUCAGUCUGGUGGAGCUUCCAGCUCUGUUCAACACUCAGCUCUCAGAGGAGGAAGUGAUGCGUCAGGCUCACCGCUGUGUGUCUCUCUGUCAUCCUGGAGUUCACGCUUUCCUCCUCAUUCUUCCUGAUGGUCCAAUUAAUAAUGAAGACAAAGCAGAAACUGAGAGGAUCCAGAGAAUAUUCAGCUCAAGAAUCAACAAGCACACCAUGAUCCUCAUAAAGCAGAGUUCAGAGCAUCACACAGCAGAACUAAAAGAAGAAACUCAGUAUGUCAUUGAGAGUUUUGGAGGACGACGACACUUCGUUGGACCAGACACACAAGGGUCUGAGCUGGUGGAGAAAUUAAAGCAGAUGGUUGAGGAAAACAGUGGUGAUUGCUUCUCCACAGAGACGUUGUUGGAUGCACAGAUGGAAAAACUGCAGAAAUUUGAAGAAAUGAAGAAGAGAAUCCAUUCUUUAGAGACGUGGUUUCAAACACAAGAUCCGAGAAACAGAGAAGAUGAACUGAGGAUUGUGCUGCUGGGAAAAACUGGAGUUGGGAAGAGUUCAACUGGAAACACCAUCUUAGGAACAGAAGCAUAUAUAUAUGACUUUUCUGGAAAGUCUGUUACUAAAGUGUGUCAGAAAGAGACACAUGAAAUCAACAGAAGACACAUUACUGUGAUCGACACUCCAGGACUGUUUGAUACUGAACUCAGUAAUGAUGAAAUCCAGAGAGAAAUCAGAAACUGCAUCUCCAUGAUCCUGCCUGGACCACAUGUGUUUCUCUUACUGAUUCCACUGGGACGAUUCACUCAAGAGGAAGAGAAAUCAGUGAAGAUCAUCCGAGAGACAUUUGGUGAAAACUCAUUAAUGUACACCAUAGUGCUGUUUACCAAUGGAGACAAACUGAAGAAUAAAACCAUUGAACAUUUCUUGGCAAACACUGGAUCUUCUCUUAAAAACCUCAUUACUGAGUGUGGAAACAGAUUCCAUGUGUUUAAUAAUGAGACCAAAGACCGAACACAGGUGACUGAUCUACUGCAGAAGAUAGACGAAAUGGUGAAAGCAAAUGGAGGGAGUUACUACUCAUGUAAGAUGUUCAGAGAGAUGGAGAGAGAACUACAAGAACAACAGAAGAAGAUACUGACAGAGAAAGCAGAUCAAUUAAACAGAGAAAAAGAAGAACUGAUAAAGAAACAUAAAGAAGAGAUAAAGAAGUUGAAGACAAAGAUGGAAGAAGAUCAUGAAAAAGAGAAAAAGAGAAGAGAAGAGGAAUGUAAAGAGAGGGAAGAUCGAUAUAAAAGAGAUAUCAAAGACAUAGAGGAACAAGAGAGAAAGAUACGAGAGGAGCUGAAGAGAGAACGAGAGGAAUGGGAGAAACAGAAACGACAAGAAAGACAAAGAAGAGAAGAAGAGGAGGAGAAAAGCAGAAAGAAAGAGCAGGCAAUGUGGAAUGAAUAUAAUCAGAGAUUUAAACAAGAGAUGGAGACAAUGAAGAUGCUGAUAAAGGAAGAAAGACAUAAUCGUGAUACAGAGAGAAAGAGAAUAGAAGAAGAAUUUAUUGCAGAACGAUAUAAAAGAGACAUUAAAGAUAUAGAGGACCAAGAGAGAAAGAUACGAGAGGAGCUGAAGAGAGAACGAGAGGGAUGGGAGAUACAGAAACAACAGGAAAGACUAAGAGAAAAAGAGGAAGAAGAGAAAGAAAAAGAGAAAACUUAAUUUAAUGAAUUUAAUGAACUUCAUAAAGGAACUCCUGACACUCAGGGCCCAAACAAUGAUGAAACGGAUCCAGAAUGUUUGAGAAUCUUGCUGUUCGGGAGGACCGGAAGCGGAAAGUCUGCAACAGGAAAUACUAUCCUUGGAAAUAAUUUGUUUUACAGUAAAGACAGUUCAUGUUUAGUGACCACUGCUUGUACAAAG